AUGGGGAAUGAACUUAACUCAUCCUCCAAUUCGACAUAAUAUUCUUAUAUGUUUCGAGGAAAAUAAUUGAACAUUAAAAACAUAAGCUAACCUCCAAAGCUUUAAAUUAAUGUGGAUAAUUUUGAAGAAAUAUUUGACUAAAUACUUUCUGAUACAAAUCUAGAAAAAAAAAAGUUUUCAAACUUAAAUCUGAAAUAAAAAUAAUUGUUAUUAGUUUUGCAUUAUUAUGCUCUAAUUAAUGAAAAUCCUUUGAUAAAUAAUCUAAAUUAAGAUUCUGAUUUAUUAAUCUAUAUUUCUUUUUAUUAAGAAUUAAAAGCACUGAUAGGUUUAAAUGAUGAGCUAUUAACUAAUUAAUUAAUAGCCUUUGCAUUUCCGAUUGUAUAAAAAUAAAUUGAAUAUCUAAGUUUAAAUAGAAAUACUCUGAAUAUUUAUGAUAAGUUAUAUGUAAUGCUGUAAGGCAAUUUGCUUUUUUUAGGGUUAACACUAGAAGAAUAGUAAUUAAUAACUUUAACAAAUAAUUUUUCACGAAUAAUUAAAAUACCAAAUAGUUAGAUAUAAGCUUAAAUAUACUAAUAAUAUGAAAAAAUAUCUUGGAGAUAAAUUAAUGGAUAUUAAUUGAUAGAAUCACUAAUGAAAAAGUAGAGUUAAGAAUUUUGUUUACUUUAAACAAUAUAGUAACUGGAAACAUCCUCAGAUAAGAAACUUGUAAGAUAUAUUUAUAUAUAGAUUUUAUUAGAUUGCAGCCAUAUUAUCAUUUAUCAAUAAUUUUGUUGAACUAUCUAACGAGAAAAUUCAAUUAAAAUAGUUGUUAUUAGUUCAUGGUGUAGAAUUAAUAUUUUAAGAUAUAAAGAAAAAGUUAGAAGAUAAUUUAUUAGUUUUUUAAGAGGAUUAUUCAAUUUUAGUGGGAAUUAAGGAAAAUUCUAAUGACUUUAAUAAUAUCAUAAUUAAGCAUAUAUCUGCCUUUGAGACUUUAUUAGAGUCAGGGGAACCAAAUAUUAGGGAAUCAAUUAAUCAAUUUAGAAUUUCAUACAAUCCAAAAUCUUAACCUAUUAAUAGAGUUUCAGUUGGUAAUGUUCAAUUAGCCUAAGUUGUAUUUCCAGAGUAAUUUUUGUUAAGUUUAUAACACUUCUCUUCAGAUUUUAAUCAAUAAUGCGGCAUUCAUGAAUGCAUUAAAAAACUUUAAAGAUUCUUAUCAUAAGCAGAGGUUUAUGGUAAAAAUANGCUUAUCUAAAUAUAUAUAAAUAGAAAUUUUAAAUGA